AUGUAACAGUUCACUGAUGCAUGCGAGAAGGAAAAGGUAGGAAGGACCGAUGAUGAUGAUGAUGAUGAUGAUGAUGAUGAUGAUGAUGUUGAUGAUGGUGAUGAUGAUGAUGAUGAUGAUGAUGAUGAUGAUGAUGAUGAUGAUGAUGAUGAUGAUGAAAGGAUGAUGAUGAUGAUGAUGAUGAUGAUGAUGAUGAUGAUGAUGAUGAUGAGAACUUUAUUUUGA